UAAACAUACAGUAUUUUUACUAAGUAAAAGUGGUUAACUUGGCUGAAGAAAACAUAGAAAAUUAGCUUAACAUUUUAAAUUGCAUUGUAUUGAAUGGAAGGAAGGCUGUUUGUGUGCUGUAAUGUAGUGGAUCUUACAAAUUCAAAUUUAAGAAGAUGUAAUUGGGUUUUUGAAAAUGUUUUAUCCAACAGAGUCCUUUGAAUCAAAGGAGUUCCUGGUGGCAAGAAAGACCUUGCAGGAGACCCAAAACUUGCCCAUUUACAUACCAGUUAAUUGCAGCACUCUGCAAGAGCAAGUUAUGAAUGACAAUGAGAACAUACAGCCAGAAGUAAUAUCCUUGCAUGUAAAUAGGGUGCUGCCUCUGCUGCUGCAUGGUCAAAUUGCUGUUUCUGGUGUUGAUUUUAUGGGUGUUUAUCAGAAUGAAAAUCACCUCUUGCUGAAAAGAAAGUGUGAACUGGAGACUGUGGCCCCAACAAAAAGGUUUAAAUGCAGCAACUGCAGGGAGAUCAUCACCUGUGCAGGAUGUGGUGCAUUUGCCAAACAGAACAAGAGGGGAAGACCAAAAGGAUCCAAGAAUAAGAUGACCAAAGUGGAGAGAUUGCAUUGCAAUUUUGAAGCUGCCGUGAAGGAGAAAAAGCUUAUGCAGCAUUUGAAUGAUAUAGUGCCAAAAGGUAAAAUGCCCAGGUUCAGGUGCAUCAGCAGACCCAACAUAUCAGCAACUGUAUCAGAAUCAUCAUCAUAUCCAAACUCAAGUUGGUCUAGGGACUCUCAGAACAAGAAAAUCAAUCUAAUAUCACAAUACAGUUUAUUUCCUACAAAUAACAACAAUAAUAUUGAAAUUGCAAAUAAGGAAAGCCAUGAUAGCAAUAACAAUAAUAAUAUUUUUCUAGAAGAUUUUCCUGAAGUCUUUGACUUAAAUGAAGGAAGCAAGUGCGAUACAUUUGACUUUGACGCGUUGGAUUCCUUAUUGGAAAGUCUUCCACUGCAAAAUGAUAAUAAUGAUAGACCAAUUACUACUCCAAACACUAUAGAUACGCCGACGAGUAGCGACAAUUGUUCAAUUGACAAGACCUUGGAUUUCACGAGUGUUACAAGUGACGAAGUAGACACGAAAAUUGAAAACCUUCCCUGGUAUAAAUCGACCGAAGAAUGUAAAUUAAUUCGAAACUACGGGAAAGUCAGUAACGAACGAUUCGAGAGUCUUAUGGAUAAUCAAAUAAGUCUGAUAUCUGGAAUGCUCAAGUCUGUGGGAGAGGUCUUUGAAAAACGUAAUAUAUCAAUGUCGGCAAUUCUCAAAUGCCAUGAAAAUAAGCCUACUUAAUAAUAUAUAAGAAUAUAUAUAGUUAUAUUUUUCUAAAGAAUUGUUCCUUUUGUUAGCUACGCUUAUG